CUUGAUAAAGGACUGGCAUCACUUGUGUGUUGUGGAUGUGGUCGGAUGGACUGUGGGCGUAGUUUGUAAUGAAAAACUGAGGGCACACUAAAAUGAAAAUGGUGUUGUCACAAAGGCAAAGAGAAGAAUUGAACAAGGCAAUCGCCGAUUACCUUGGCAGCAAUGGAUACACUGAUUCCCUGGAGGCAUUCAAAAGAGAGACAGACAUGCCAGGCGAGGUGGAUAAGAAAUAUGCCGGCCACCUAGAAAAGAAAUGGACUGCAGUAUUGAGACUCCAGAAACGGAACAUGGAGCUGGAGGCCAACCUGGCCGACUACCAGCGCGAGAUGCAGGCGGGCGCGCCGACGCGCGAGAAGCGCUCGCCGGCCGAGUGGAUCCCGCGGCCGCCGGAGAAGUACGCCCUCACCGGACACCGGGCGCCCGUCACCAAGGUGCUGCUGCACCCCGUCUACAGCCUGAUGGUGUCGGCCAGCGAGGAUGCCACCAUCAAGGUGUGGGACUUUGACUCGGGCGACUUCGAGCGCACGCUCAAGGGUCACACGGACAGCGUGCAGGACAUCGCGUUCGACCACACGGGCACCUUCCUCGUGUCGUGCAGCGCCGACAUGUCCAUCAAGCUGUGGAACUUCAGCGGACACUACGAGUGCAUCAAGACGAUGCACGGCCACGACCACAACGUCUCCAGCGUGACGUUCACGCCACCCGGCGACUUCAUCCUCAGCUCGUCCCGUGACAAGGUCAUCAAGAUGUGGGAGGUGGCCACCGGGUACUGCGUGCGCACGUUCACCGGGCACCGCGAGUGGGUGCGCAUGGUGCGCGUACACCCGGACGGCCAGCUGAUGGCCUCCUGCUCCAACGACCAGACGGUGCGCGUCUGGCACAUCACCUCCAAGGAGUGCAAGAUGGAGCUGCGGGAGCACGAGCACGUGGUGGAGUGUAUCGCCUGGGCGCCGCCGGCGGCGUCCGCGGCCAUCAACGAGGGCGCAAGCGGCAACAACAAGCAGGCGGGCCACCCGGGACCGUUCCUGGCCUCUGGCUCACGCGACAAGACCAUCAAGAUCUGGGACGCCGUCUCGGGCCAGUGCCUGCUGACCCUGGUCGGCCACGACAACUGGGUGCGCGGCUUGUCGUUCCACCCGGGCGGCCUGUACCUGCUCUCGGCCUCCGACGACAAGACGGUGCGCACCUGGAACAUCAAGGCCAAGCGCUGUCAUCGGACGCUCGAGGCGCACCAGCACUUCUGCACGUCACUAGACAUGCACAAGACGGCGCCGUUCGUGGUGACCGGCAGCGUGGACCAGACGGUGAAGGUGUGGGAGUGCCGCUAGCCGGCAAGGCCGCGCCGCCGC